AUGAUUGUGAUAAAUCUGCAGCCGAAGCAAAUUCACGAGAUUAAGGACUUCCUUCUAACAGCUAGAAGGAAAGAUGCUAGAUCAGUGAAGAUCAAGAGAAGCAAGGAACUUGUCAAGUUCAAGGUCAGAUGCUCAAGGUACCUCUACACUCUUUGUGUCUUCGACAAAGAGAAAGCUGACAAGCUUAAGCAGUCUCUUCCUCCAGGUUUGAGUGUGCAAGACCUUUGA